AUGGUGCAGGAAGAAGAACAAGGAGGGUACCAGUUAGCGUCAGAUGGAAUUACGCAUACAGAAUCAGCUACUGCUGUAAACGCAAUUACUCCACCGGCAGCUUUGAGGGCCCCAGGGGUUGAUGAACAGACCAUAUUUGAGGCAUCAAGGAUGACAGUAACUGAAGGAGGGCAGCACCUUAAUACUAUGCGUACUAUUGGUGAUCAUGAACAGGACACACCAGUGAUUCUGCAGAGACAUGAAGUUACAAUUGAUCCGAGAUUAGUACCUAAAGUUGGUAUGACAUUCAGUGGGGUGGAUGAAGCAUAUAAAUUUUAUAGUAGGUAUGCAUAUGAAGUUGGAUUUCCAUUGAAAAAGUAUAGGGAACGGAAAAAUUGUAAGUGGUUGAAUUGCUCGAUGGAAGGCAAAAGAUCAGUAAGGGGAAUAUCAAACCCAAAGGUACGUAGUACCAGUUCGAAACGGACACAAUGCAAGGCCGGUAUGAAACUUAAAAAAAUUUAUGAUGAUGCAAAAGAGACAGUUAUAUCAGUGCGUAUUGAUCUGUUGCACUUGGAUCAUAAUCAUGAAUUUUUUAAAAAGGAUACCGAAAAGAAUCAAUUACAAUGCAACAAGACGCAUGAUCCUGAAUACAUGGAGUUCAUAAGUUCAAUGCAAGAGAGUCGAAUCCCGCAACAUUGUAUUAUGGAUUAUGUAUCAGAAAUGCACGGUGGUCCUGAGAGUGUGCCUGUAACAGCACAGGACAUGUAUAACCUGAAAAAGGCAAAGCAACGAGAAAGAAAUGCAAAUGAUGUGGCAAAGCUACUAUCCUUUUUUGCAUCCUGCAAAAAGGAUAAUCCACAAUUUUUCUCUGACUUCCAAUUGGAUAAAGAAGGCAAGAUUUUAAGCAUAUUUUGGUCACAUGCAAGCCAGCAAGGGGAUUACAUUGAUUUUGGUGAUGCGGUUACAUUUGACACAACACAUAAGACUAAUCUGUAUGAAAAACCACUAGGUAUGUUUGUUGGUUCAAAUCACCACCUACAUUGCACUAUAUUUGCUUUCGCAUUGUUGGGGGAUGAAACUGUUGAUACAUUUGAAUGGGUAUUCAACGCCUUCAAAACAUGCAUGGGAACCGAAGGUCCACGAGUGAUGCUGACAGAUCAAGAUCCUGCAAUGCCAGUAGCCCUCGAGAGGGGUCAAAAGGAAACGAACACGCUAUACAUGUUUGAGAUAAGGGUUGCAAGAGCAUACACAAGGGCUGUGAUGUGUAGAUUCCAGGAAUCUUUGAAAUAUGCAACCGCAUUCAAGAUAAUGCAUGACGAAGAAGGGGGUGCAAAUGAUUGA